UAGAACCUCCCGAUUAUAGGAGCGCGAGCGCGGUCAUAUUGCACGCGGCGGGAAUUACUUGGUGAUUAAAAAUAAAUAAAUACAAAAAAAGUCCGCGGCUUCCGGAAAAAGACCAACCGCCGCGAGGAGGGCACUUUGUCUCUUCUUCAUAACGGGAACAACGGAGCCGGUUUUCAGGGGAGGAAGAGGAGGAGGAGGAGGGGGGAAAUAAAUCCGAGCCCCCCUCUCGCGCGCGCGAGCGAGUCCACGUUAGCUGGCCUAGCCGGACUCCCGAGAAGGAAAACAAGCAGAAUGGGGUCCCGGUCCGCCCGGAUCAGCCUGCGAGUGAAGUGACUUUUGAUCCGUUCCCCCGAUGGCACAUUUCACGAGCUACCAGGAGGGUAAAGCGGCGGUGCUGAUGGUGGAGACGCAGCAGAGGGACGCGGGGACGAAAGCGGCGGCCGCGACCGGAGACUGCUCCGCCGGGGAACCCCCUUCUCCGGUAAUUAAUAGCGGCGGCGGGGCUCGCCUCCAUCAGCAUUUACCGCCAAGUAACCACCUCCAACACCACCUCCUCCUCCACCACCACCCGCCGAAGGACCCACCGCACCACUGCCAGCAUCUCUCCGGGGAGAGCGUCGCUGAGUCCCCGGGAAGGAGAGCCUCCCCCUCGCCGCUCAGCCAGGCGCCGCCCGCCGAGGACCCGGCCGCCGCCGCGAGCGGCAGCGGCCGGGUCUACGCCGCCGUUAGCGUCGUGAGCGCGUCGGACGCCGUGGACGAUAUUCGCAAAUGCGGCUACUUGAGGAAGCAGAAACACGGACACAAGCGGUUCUUCGUGCUGCGGGCCGCGAGCCGCCUCGGGCCGAGUCGCCUGGAGUACUACGACAGCGAGAAGAAAUUCAGGAGCAGCCUGCGCUCCGCCGCUGCUGCGGCAGCGAACGCGAGCGGAGGAGGCGCGGCAGCCGCCACCGCUUCGCCCCCGAAAAGAGUGAUCGCCCUCUCGCAGUGCUUCACGGUGAACAAGCGGGCGGACUCCAAGAACAAACACCUCAUCGCCCUCUACACCAAGGACGAGUACUUCGCCAUCGUGGCGGAGAGCGAGCCGGAGCAGGAGGACUGGUACGUGGCGGUGAGCGAGCUGAUGAGCGAGGGCAAGAAGGGUCACGUGGACUCGGAGGACCUGGACGACGGGUACGGGACCGUGACACCGGGCACGGUGUUUAAGGAGGUGUGGCAGGUGAACGUGAAACCCAAAGGGCUGGGGCAAACCAAGAACCUGACGGGGGUGUACCGGCUCUGCCUCUCCACGAAGACGGUGCACCUGGUGAAGCUGAACUCGGAGACGCCGUGCGUCAACCUGCAGCUGAUGAACAUCCGGCGCUGCGGCCACUCGGAGAGCUUCUUCUUCAUCGAGGUGGGGCGCUCGUCUUCGAUCGGGCCCGGCGAGAUCUGGAUGCAGGUGGACGACUCGGUGGUGGCGCAGAACAUGCACGAGACCAUCCUGGAGACCAUGAAGUCGCUGAAGGCCUUCGCCGAGUUCCGGCCGCGCAGCAAGAGCCAGUCGUCGGGCUCCAACCCGAUGCCCUUCAUCACGACGCGGCGCCACCUGGGCAACCUGCCGCCGAGCCAGACGGGGCUGCAGCGGCGCUCGCGGACGGAGUCGGUCGCGGGGACGCCGCCGUCCAGCAAGAGCUCCGGCGCCAGCGGCUACCGCUUCCGCACGUCCAGCGAGGGCGAGGGCACGAUGAACCGGCCGUUCCGCUCCGCCACGGGGAGCCUGGUGCACCUCACCGCCGCGCGGGCGGCGCACCACCACGGGCGCCAGGACGGGGGCGUCGCCACGGGGAACGCCGGCACGAGCACGGGCGGCGGCGGCCGCUACGUCCGAGCCGUCCAAGCGGCGGCGUCCGCCGGCCACGCCCGCUCCGCCUCGCUGCCGGUGUCCCACUUCCCGUCCGCCACCAGCCCGGUGAGCGUGUCGCCCAGCAGCGGCCACGGCUCCGUCUCCGACACGCUGACGCGGCCGUCGAGCGCCUCGCUGUGCGGCUCGCCGUCCGACGGCGGCUUCAACUCCUCGGACGAGUACGGCUCGAGCCCCGGAGACUUCCGGUACUUCCGGGUGCGCAGCAACACGCCGGACUCCCUCGGCAACACGCCGCCCAUCCGAGAGGAGAACUGCCUGAACGACUACAUGGCCAUGGGCCGGAACCGGGAGGUCUUCGGCGGCGGCGCCGACACGCCGACGUCCACGCCGGAGGACGAGCGCCUCUCGUCGUCGUCGUCGCUGAGGAGGCGGACGCACUCCUUCUCCCGGCCGCCCGGCGGCGGCGUGGCGGUUUACCAGAAGAUGACCCAGACGAACUUCUCGUUGGACGAGGGGUCGGACGGCGCCGUGCCGUCCGGCGGCGGGCUGCUCCGCGGCGGGCCGUCUUCCUCCUCUUCCUCGCUGCGCUCCGACUACAGCUCCUGCUCCGAGCACAGCCAGCAGAGCCGGCCCUCUGCCGCCGCCAAGGAAGACGGCGGCUACAUGCCGAUGCUGUGCGGCGUGGCGGCGGCGGCGAGGGACGCGCAUCCCGACUACAUGCCUAUGCAACCCACCGCCCGCCCCCCCCUCGCCUCCCACUCCCCGCAGUUUCACGGCCCGGCGUCGGGCCCCCGGUCCCACCCGCCGCUCCACUCCCAGUCCUCCACCGACUCCCACGGCUACAUGAUGAUGCUCCCCGGCGGCGGCGGCGGCGGCGGCUCGCCCUCCUCCGGCCACGCCUCCCCCGCCCCUCACUGCCGCUCCGGCACGCCGGGUGUGAGCGACGCCAUCGCAGAGCGACCUGAGAACGGGGAUUACAUGGACAUGUCGUAUUGCGGCGGCGAGGGGGGUCCCCAACUCUCAAAUGAAGGGACCGGUGGGUAUUGCGCCCCCGGGACCCCCGAGGGAACGCCGAAGUCCCACAGCCCGUAUUUCUCUCUGCCGCGCUCCUACAAAGCGCCCGCCAGGGACGAGAAGGAGGACGCCGACUACGUCUCCAUGAGCUCUCCCGCCAAGCCGGUCUACUCGUCCGUCGCCACGACCGCCAUGUUGACGCCGGAGAAGAAGGGCGGCGGCAGCAGCCCCCCGCACCCGCCCCCGCCUUAUGGCGCUCACCAUACGACCGCGGCGAGGCCCAACCGCCUCCCUCUGGGGAGGAUGAGUUUCCACGGGCCGACACGGGUCAGCGAACCCGCCGCCGCGGCGCCCGCCGAGAGGCCCUCGAGCCCCGGGGAGUACAUCAACAUCGAGUUCGGGGACCACUUCCCCCACCAACAGCAGCCGCCGGAGUACCCCCUGGACGACGCGCCCCGUGACCACCAGGACUACAUGAGCGUGGAGGCCGCCGGUAAGACCCCGCCCCCCCGGCCCAGCCUCGUGGCGCCCUGGAACCCCCCCAGCUACAUCCGCCCCCAGGCCGCCGCCCUCCCCGGGGCCUCCGCCGCCGGAGGUCACUGGAGGUCGGCGGGCGACGACUACGCGGACAUGGCGUUCCCCGCCGGCCUGUGCGUGAUGGACGGUCGCUACGGCAACGCCUCCUCCGUCUCGCCCCCCCUCCUGCCGUCGAGCCCGGGAAGGGCGCCGCCGCCGCCGGAGCCCAAGGUGGUCCGCGCCGACCCCCAGGGCCGGAGGAGGCACAGCUCGGAGACGUUCUCCUCCACGUCCUCCUCCAACUCGGCCGCCGCCGCCUCCACGCUCGCCAACCCCGCGGCGCCCAGCGGCUCGUACCCGACGGAGGACCAGGCGUCCAGGUGUGCCGGCUCGGCGUCGUUCGACGGCGCGUGGGUGUCCAUGGAGGGCCUGGGGGUCCUGCCGGCUCCCCACGCCCCCGUCAGGUCCAUGGAGAUGGGCGCCGGCGGCGUCUCCGCCUCCUCCUCCCCGGGCGCCGGCAGGAUGUGCAGGAACAUGUCGGUGGGCUACCAGAACGGGCUGAACUACAUCGCCCUGGAGAUGAGGGACGACGGCAGCAGCGCGGGCGCCGUGGCGACGGGGGCCGGCGGCGAGGCGGCGGAGAACGGAGCCUACGCCAGUCUCGACUUCCCCAGAUCAGACCGCGUCACCACGACACCCACGGACUGAGCGACGGGACGUUAGAGCCCCCCCCUCACCUGACAUCUGACCUCUGGAUGCAGAAAUCAAGAUGACAAACAGAUUUUUACAAG